CCUUGGGAUCUCAAAGCUCUAAACAAACUGCACUUUACAUCCUCUGUGAGAAGAUACAUUAUGUCUCAUCAUUCCACCAUGGCUUCCUCUGGACACAAGCACUUCAGCUCCUGCUCGGUGGCCUUGCCCAAACAUUCUUCCCACAGCAUCUUAUCACAUUCUCCUAAGCAUUCUGGGCAUGCCCACAAGAUACAGCAUUCCUUUACCAGUGCAAGUGCUCAUAAUAUUGGAUCAAAAGGACAUAAAUUAUCAGUUAGCAGCUAUCAUUCAGGAAAAAGUGGUCAUGGACAUGGCCAUGGAUCUGGAUUUGGUUUUGUUGGGCUUGGUCAUGGAUUUGGAGGACAAUCUGGAGGAAUCACCCCUGUAACUGUUAACCAGGGCCUGUUGGCUCCUCUUAAUUUGGAGAUCGACCCAAGUAUUCAAAGAGUGAGGACUGAAGAGAAAAACCAAAUUAGAGGUCUCAACGAUAAGUUUGCCACCUUUAUUGACAAGGUAAGAUUCCUUGAACAACAGAACAAGAUGUUGGAGACCAAAUGGGCUCUUCUACAAGAGCAGAAGACAGCCAGGUGCCAGAUUGAACCUCUUUUUGAGGCUUUUAUCAGCAAUCUCAGAAGGCAACUGGAGAGUCUGGAAUGUGAGAAGGCACGUCUGGAGGCUGAGAGGAACAGCAUGGAAGGAACUGUAGAAGAACUGAAGAGAAGGUAUGAAGAUGAGGUCAACAGAAGAACAGCAGCAGAGAAUGAAUUUGUAUCUCUGAAGAGAGAUGUUGAUGCUGCUUUCAUGAACAAAGCUGAGCUGCAGGCAAAGGCAGACUCCCUGACUGAUGAGAUCAACUUCCUCAGGACUCUUUAUGAUGCGGAGAUUGGUCAGCUCCAGGCUCAGAUCUCAGAUACUUCAGUAGUAGUUUCCAUGGAUAACAGCCGAGAUCUGGACAUGGACAGUAUCAUUGCUGAGGUCAGAGCUCAAUAUGAGGAUAUUGCAAGCAGGAGCAGAGCUGAGGCCGAAGCCAUGUACCAGUCACGGUUUGAAGACCUGAGAACAGCAGCAGGAAGGAAUGGCAAUGAUCUGCAGAACAGUAAAAAUGAGAUUGCGGAACUCAAUCGAACAAUCCAGAGACUUAAAGGAGAAAUUGAGUGUGCCAAAUCUCAGCGCGCUGCACUUGAAGCUGCCAUCAGUGAAGCUGAAGAACGUGGUGAAGCUGCUGUUAGGGAUGCCAAAAAUAAGCUGUCUGAGCUGGAGGCUGCUCUACAGAAGGCUAAGCAGGACAUGGCUCGCCAAAUGAGAGAAUACCAGGAACUGAUGAAUGUCAAACUGGCUUUGGAUAUUGAAAUCGCCACUUAUAAGAAGAUGCUGGAGGGAGAGGAGCACAGAUUGGGUUCUGACAGCCAUGUUAAUGUUUCUGUUCUUCACUCCAGCACUGGAGGAAAACAUCAUUCAGGGGGACAACAUGGAGCACACCAUGGAGGACACCAGGGUGGACACCACCAUCAUCACAUGGGAGGAUUCAGCUCAGGCAGCCAUGUCACCAAAACGAAGCACCACUCUAGCCAUGGGCACCACUGCUAAAGGAUGCAACUUCUAUUUACCAAGCAUGCUUAAAGGACCAGUAAACCUAAAAUAAAGUAGGCUUAUAUUUAACCAUAAUGGAAAAUAUAUAAUAUAUUUAAAUUAAUUUGGAAGCAUAUGCAAACUGAACAAUAGAGAUAAAGCUAUGAUUGUGGGGUAAAUGUUUUCCAGUACAGCUGACAUUCUGCUCAAUAAUCCCACUGAAGGACAGAGCAGUCACCCUCUCCCUAGCCUGAAAUGGCCAAUAGCAAAGAGCUGUACUAUAACCUCAAUCAUAUAACAAAAUCCAACACAUUCUUACACAAUAAUUCAUUUAGACUUUAAACAUUUACAUAUAACUCUGUAUACUUUUAUGUAGGGCAACUUUUGUUUAAUGGUCCUGUAAGCCUCAUAUACAUAUUAAUGAUUGCAUAUACAAAUAAACCUUUAAUCUCUUUUGCCACUUUUAUGUAUGCUUAUAUAUUUAAAUCUUACCACAAUGCAAACCUAAAGAUCAUUUAAAAAAUGGAUAGUAAAGACACUGCAGCCUACUCCUCAAAUUGCUUAGCAGUCUACAGCAAAGAAAAUUAAUACUUUAUUUUUUAUUAAUAUGGAUUCUAAUAAUAAGACCAACAGAACUUCAGAUACAUACUGUAUAAAGCUGGGUGAACUUUGUAUAGGAGUUAGAAUAGAAUGUGUUAGCAAAAAUUCUUAUUUAAAUUUUGCUUUCAUAUGGUUGAGUAUUUAAAGUAAAAGGUUCACUUUAUUGACUACCAUUCAUCUGGUAAGUGAACAACCACUACAUACUGUAUUUAGUUGAUCAACACCACUGCAUACAUGUUGUGAAAGUUCCAGACAUAGGUUAAAUAAAGUACUAAUAAAUAUAUAAAUAAAGCUAGCUAUUUAAAUUCCAUUUCUGAUAUGUGGAUGCUUAAGGAGUGUCUUUUUUUAGCUGCCAAACAUAGUCCAACCAUAAUGCAGAGGUUGGCUGCCUAUUGGGCAGUUAAAUGGUACCAGGUGACCCUCAGUAUACGACUGGUUUUCUGCAUGGACUACCAUGGGUCUGCCAAUAGUAUUGUGGAGAUCAUUAAGUACUCACUAACCACAGGACAUGCAAUCCACUGCUGCUUCAUGAAAGUACAGUUAGGUAGUGACACUCCAAGCCACAAGGGACCAUGUGGUAUCCCCUAUGUGAGUCAGGCUGUGUAGUGGCCUACAAGAUCACAGAAAGCUUAACGAAAAACUCUGUACAAAAGACACAGGAAAUACAUGUUCACCGUCUUCAAUCUCUACCUUUCAGCCUCUUUAGAGAGUUUCCUUCCUGCGGUGUAAUUAUUAGUUACCCACAUAAAGAGAAAUCCAAUACAGAGAACAUAUCCAAUUUACAAAAAUAUCAGUCAGUCUUCCAUGAGGGACUUUAUGUCAGAGGUUCCUAACAAAUUAGGGACAUGUUGUAUAGGGUGGAAAAGCAUUGCGGAAAUGGGAUUUGCUAUGUGAUAAAAAGGCAUAUACAUAGUUGAUAUGUAUAUAUUUUGGUUAUGCAACACAGAUUGUUUAAAUGUAAGCAUUGUAUAACAAAAGAAUAAGAAGACUGUUGAUGUAUUGAAUAUUGAUAAGUCUGUAUUGUGUUUAUGGGUAACAUACAAUAUCUGUGAAAACAAGCAAUCAUGCAGGAACUGUCUAUCUUCUAUAAGCCCUGGAAAACAUCAUGUCUAAAGAAAGGUUUGUGUUUUUUUUCAGAUGAUUACAGGCUAGUGGUGAUUAGUCCAGGUAUAUAUGAAAUAAACAGUUUUUGCUUAUUUCUUUAUACUCGACUUCACCUUCUGAAAUAUAGAUAGUUGAUGUACAAUGGUCAAGAGCUAACAGCAUAAGAAUGGCACUACAGCAAUGGCAAGAAAUUAUUCUCAGCUAGCAAUUUAUGGGUAUAUCUCAAUUAUAUUUACUUCUCCAAAGACCUCCAAGUUCUUGUCCAUACAUUCUAAUUCAUUCUUAUUGAUUUUUAUGUGUCUGUUAUCUAUGCUGUACAACUGUAGAAGUCAUUUUUGAGUAUGGGUGUAUGUCAAUAAAAUUCUCCCAUUUACUAAA